AUGGCCAAGGAACCUCCACCGCUGGGCCCCAAGCCAAAGUCCGCUGUCCCUUCCAGUCUCUUAAACGGAUCAGCCUCUGUCCGCGCGACAAAUGGCGUGCGCGAGAGCGAGCGUGAAACGCUCAAUUCAUCAAUUAAAUCUUCAUUGUCAUGGAAACAAGUCGUUGAUCCGGAUUUUACAUCUCCAAAACCAAUCCUGGCGGUAGGGAACCCAGCAGCCGCCGUAACCAUGCGGGAAACUGUAAUGCCCACUACCAAUGGGCAUAUUGAGAACGGGUUUCUGGAGAAUGAGCAUGAACAUGUAUCAGCGGAACGGAGCGAUGCUGAGAAUGAAAAACCGCUGCCCGCCACUCACAAGCCGCUUGACAUUCCCGCGGCGCAGAACACCAGCCCCGCCGCCGGCCCUCCUCCCAUUCCCCCCCCUCCCCUUAAACGAAAUUUUAGCGAACCACCCCGCGAUCCUCGGGACCAUACGAAACCUCGAAAUUUAUCUUCCGCUGUUAGUAGGCCUGCGAGCCCUUAUACGCUAAAUCCUCCAAUUGAUUUUGACGGGCUUAGUUGGCCGAGCGUCGGCACUCGCGAGCGUCUCGAAGCGACACCAGAAGAAAACGAAAAACGAACACAAAAACUAGCAAAUGCAGUCCGGACGGUUCUGGAAUGUAUUGGAGAAGACCCAGAGCGCGAGGGCCUUCUGGGUACACCGGAAAGAUACGCAAAAGCGCUGAUGUACUUCACAAAGGGCUAUGAGGAAAACGUGCGCGAUCUAGUCAACGGUGCUGUCUUCCAUGAAGACCAUGAUGAGCUAGUUAUCGUGAAGGAUAUUGAAAUUUUCUCACUGUGCGAACAUCAUUUGGUCCCGUUUACCGGCAAAAUGCACAUUGGCUACAUACCCGACCGCCGUGUCCUCGGCCUUUCUAAAUUCGCCCGCCUCGCAGAGAUGUUCUCACGCCGUCUCCAGGUCCAAGAACGUCUAACGAAGCAAGUAGCCCUCGCCAUCUCCGAAGUGCUGAAGCCCAGAGGUGUAGCUGUGGUUAUUGAGUCGAGCCAUCUGUGCAUGGUGAUGCGCGGUGUGCAGAAGACCAGCAGCACGACCACAACGAGUUGCAUGCUGGGCUGCAUGCGGGCGAGCGCGAAGACCCGAGAGGAGUUCCUUAGCUUACUCAAUCGGAAAUAA